CUCUCUCUCUCGUGGUCGCGCCUCACGCAUGCGGGUGAAGAUACUUCACGUCACUGGAGAACGACGAAAAUACGCGAUACAUGUGUCGGUGUAAACGUCAGUGAGCUAACUCCACUAACACGAUCUCUCUGAUCUUUUAGCUGCAGCUUGCUAACGCUGUGGGGGUUUUUUUUUAUCGUGGACUGAAGAGAGACUUUCAUUCCCGAAACAGUGAAGAUGCAGCCUGCACCAGCUAAGUGGUAUGACAGACCGGACUGUGUUUUUGUAGAGUUCUGCGUGGAGGACAGUAAAGAUGUGCAUGUACAGUUCGACAAGUCAAAAAUUGAUUUUUGCUGUGUCAGUGGAGCAGAUAACAUCAAGCACCAAAAUACAUUGGACCUCUUCGCAGAGAUCGACCCCAAAGGAUCCAAACACAGACGCACUGGCAGGUCUGUGUUGUGUUGUUUACGAAAAGCAGAGGGUGGGAAAGCAUGGCCACGACUCACCAAAGACAAGCCAAAGUGCAACUGGCUGAGUGUGGAUUUCAGUAACUGGAAAGACUGGGAAGAUGACUCAGAUGAGGACAUGUCGAGAUAUGACAAAUUCUCAGAGAUGAUGAACUGCAUGGAAGGAGAUGAUCUAUGUGAUUUAGAUGAGCAUUAUUCUCCAGACGGUGACGAUGAAUAAAUUCCCGACCUUGAGUAGAAGAAUACAAAAGCAACGCCAGUAGUAAACAAAGCAAGUUGUAAGUCUGUUGAGGAGAGAGACUAGGCACGAGUUGGCAACCACGUUGGAGAAGAAACCUCAUCUCUCUACGCUGUUUCCAUAGCGAAGUCGCUCAACAAGUGACAAGGAGUGACUGUUGGAUACAGACAUGCACAGAGAUCCGUAGUGACAUACAGUGCUGUGCUUUGCUGUUCUGCAUGGACAAUUCUGUUCAAAUGAAAAUGUUAUUGUUCAUUGAGUUAAAUGACUGUAAUGGGAUGUGCUGAUGUCUUACACCUCUUUUUAUUUGCGAUGUCAGGUUAAGUAUUGAUCAUGGUGAUUUCUAAUGAAGAAAAGAAAACGCAAAAUGCCUAUUUUCCAAAAAAAGUAGAUUUUUUUAAUGACAGAAUUUUUCCCCUUUAAUGUUUGUAUUGUAAAUUGCACUUACAAUGUUUGUUAAUUUAAAACAAAACUGGAGUUCUGCUUAAUUGUAAUGGAUUCUCCAAUGUAUGUCAGGAUCUGAAAAUAUUAAACAAAUAACAUAUUUCAGCAUUUAGAAUAAUAAACAGAUAUGCUUGUGCAACAGUUUGUGUUGAGAUUAUGAUAGAAGAGUGUUUCAAACUGCAUUUAGUACCUUUGUAAAGGUGAGCUUUUCUCUUGUCAGUGUAGCAAACAUUGCAGAUUGCACAUUGUCACAGAAUCACAAGUUAAUUUCUUCCAUAAGCAUAUUGCAUUGAAGGCAGAAAUCCUAUGUAGUUAAAAAAAGUUUCCCAAGUAGUUAAAAUAGUGCAGGAUAUAAAUGUCACAUACACUAGAACUAAGCUUUUGAGGCUUUUAUGUCUUUGUUUCAACAUGUGUUGAACACUUGAGUUUGUCUUAUGCUGUGGGAGUUUGAGCAUACAUUUCUAAUAAACUGCUUCAGAUUGUUGAACACAAGGUUUAA